UGACGCUUUUCUUAGCAUGGGGGAGGCGCUAAAUUCCGAGAUUCGGCAAUAUAAUGCGACGGAGUACAUAUAUAUACUAGCUUUGUUCCAUCUGUAUGUGUCGAUAUCUUCUCUUGUACUAAUUGCGAUGAGUUCGGAUUAUCGUUGUUGGGUUAGUCUUCGGGGGUAAAAUUUCCGAACGGUGGCGAUUAUCAGAUAAGCUUAAGCAUCCAGCAGAAAUUUGAUGUACAGCUCAGUUCAGUCCAUACAUGCAUCGAAUCUCUGCCAUACUGUGAUCAUUAAUCAUGGAACUCCAUUACUAAGAUUCUAGUAAUAUACUGACUGAAAGUUCUAGCAAAACACGUGCCGACUCCCGAGAUUUAAAAUUAGCUUUGUCAAGUGGCUUACGUGAACCCAAUGAUUGGAAAUCAAGAUCUAAGUAUACCAAUUAUAAAAAGCCGUACUUUUUGCUCAAUUCUCCAAAGCGUCCCUUCGAAAAACAAGGAAAAAGGGAAGAAUAACUUUCAGUUGAAUCACAUUAAGAUCAUUUCAGAAAAAAAUGUCCACCUCCAAACUCUUCACCCCCCUCCAAGUCGGGCGCAUGCAACUCGCCCACCGCAUCACCAUGGCCCCGUUGACCCGUUUCCGCAACGACGAUGACCACGUGCCCCUGCCCAUUGUCAAAGAACACUAUGAACAACGUGCCUCUGUCCCGGGUACCCUCCUCAUCACCGAAGCCACCCUUAUCUCCCCCCGCGCAGGUCUCUACUCCAAUGUCCCCGGUAUCUGGAGUGAAGCCCAGAUCGCUGCAUGGCGCACCGUCACCGACUCCGUGCACGCCAAGGGCUCGUAUAUCUUCAUGCAGCUCUGGGCCCUCGGCCGCGUCGCCGACCCAACCCUUCUCAAGAAAGAAGGCUACGAUCUCGUCUCCAGCAGUGCCGUGCCUUCUAGCCCUGACGGUCCCAUUCCCCGCGCUCUCUCCGAAGGUGAGAUCCGCGAGUACAUCGCCGACUACGCCCAGGCGGCGAAGAAUGCCAUCGCAGCGGGCUUUGACGGCGUCGAGAUCCACGGCGCCAAUGGCUACCUGAUUGAUCAGUUUACACAGGAUACGGCCAACCAGCGGACGGAUGCCUGGGGCGGCAACGUGGAGAACCGCGCCCGGUUUGCCCUUGAGGUUACCCGCGCCGUGACUGAGGCUAUUGGCGCCGAUAGGACCGGAAUUCGCUUCAGCCCGUUUAGUACCUUCCAAGCCAUGCGGAUGGCUGACCCCGUCCCCCAGUUUGAAUACCUUGCGCGCAAGACGAGGGAGUUCAACCUUGCCUAUGUGCAUCUUGUUGAGCCGCGCAUUGCAGGUAAUACCGAUGUUGAUGUUGCGGGCGGGGAGUCGUUGGACUUCUUCUUCCGUGCUUAUGAGAAUGCCGGUCCUGUUAUUGUUGCCGGUGGGUAUAAGGCUAAGUCGGCUGAGGAGGCUGUUGACCUCCGCUAUAAGGAUUAUGAUACCCUUGUGGCUAUGGGGAGGCCAUUCACCUCGAACCCGGAUUUACCGUUUAAGAUCAAGUCGGGCAUUCCUUUGAGGGCAUAUGAGAGGGAGAAGUUUUAUCUGGUCAAGGACCCCAAGGGGUAUACUGAUUAUGAGUUCAGUGAGGAAUUCAAGGCUGCACAGGUACAGGUGGCUGCUUGAGCUAUUCUGCUUUGUUAAUGUGUGUUUUCUUUGCAUUGCAUUGCAUAUGUCGGGCGUUUAGGCUGUGUGAUAGAGUUGACUGAACUAGAUUAGACUGUACAUACAUCAUAUAUAUUUCAUUGGAUAUUUGGCUAUUCUGUUCGCGCCAUGCUACAUCUUGUAGAAUUGCUAGAUGUGUUGUUAGUGUCUGGGAUUAUGUCCCGAGUUGCCAUAGCAAAGCCACUC